AUGGCGACGAAAAGCGAGCGAAGAAAGUUUUCUUCAUGUACAAUAGGGACGAAAUUUCAGCCCUAUAAUGAUCAAGAUCUCAUAAGCUAUCUACAAAAAUUCGUUUGCGGAAUGCCAAUUGAGUCUGAUCGUAUUCGACAUAUAGACGUGUACGGUAACAAAAAGCCAUGUGAAUUAUUCCAAGACUUAUUAGGGGAGACGAGUACUGAUCAUGUAAACUAUAUCUUUACUCAGUUGAAGAAAAAAUCUGACGGAGGUAAAAAUUAUAACAGGUCAAUUACUGGAGGUGGAUCAUGGAAAGGACGAGACACGGGUAAACCGGUUCGCGAUAAGGAAGGAUCAGUGAUUGGGUUGAAGAAAACUUUUCGUUUUGAUGAAGAAAGUGACAUUGGUAAUAAUCAAAGAAUUGUGUGGAGUAUGAAAGAAUAUUGUCUUAGCGACGCGAGACUAGAGGUGUUAAGACAACGUAGUCAAAUCCGACACGAGGACUCAGUUCUGUGUAGCAUUGAGAAGAAGGUUAAUUUGUGUAAAAAUUCUCAGGAUAUCUCAAGUUCUUCUUCAGCAACGAUAUAUUGUGGGUGGUCGUUGUACACUGAACUAACUAAACUGCCACCAUUUGAUGGACCGUUUGAGUCGUUGACUGAAGAAGAAUUGGCGUUCUUUGAUAAUCCUGAUCCUGGAUAUUCACAUGCUUAUGAGAAUAUACAAGAGGAAAAUAAAUGA